UCUAAUCCGUUGCAAUUAAGAGGUGCAUCUUCACUCUGGAAUCUCCUUCACACAAACCAAAUAAAACCAAACACAUUUUACUCAAACUCACCCCUUCCUCUUCUUCCCCCUCCGAUCAUCAAUGUCUUUACCAAGCCUUAACUUGCACAAGUUGAUGAUAUUCAACACAGCUCACUGUAAAAACCACAACCACCUAAGUUAUUACAAGACAAAGACCAAGAACCUCGGUGGCCGUUGUUGCAGCUCAGCUAUUGCGAUAAACACGCCCUCUUCUUUAACGGGAGUGAGUGGGAUUCGAUGGGGGUCCACCAAGUUGCAAGGGGCUAGAGAAGAGAUGGAAGAUGAUGUUGUGAUUGUCAAGUCUAGUGCUGAUGGUCUUGAUGCCUUUUCCUUUGCUGCUGUUUUCGAUGGUCAUGCCGGUUACUCUUCAGUUAAAUUCCUAAGGGAUGAGUUAUAUAGAGAGUGUGUUACGGCUUUACAAGGUGGAAUGUUGCUCACGGGGAAGAAUUUUAAUGUCAUUAAAAAGGCAUUACAAGACGCAUUUCAAACAGCUGAUGAGAAGCUCAUAAAUUGGCUUGAGACGAGCGGCGAGGAAACUGAAUCUGGUUCAACGGCCACUGCUCUGUUCAUUAACAAUGAUUUGCUGUUUAUAUCACACGUUGGUGACUCAUGCGCUGUUCUUUCACGAGCUGGAAAACCUGAAGUAUUAACUGGUUCCCAUCGACCAUAUGGAAGCAACAAAGCUUCUCUUAAUGAAAUCAGAAGAAUCAGAGAAGCAGGUGGAUGGAUUGUUAAUGGAAGAAUUUGUGGAGAUAUCUCAGUGUCUCGUGCUUUUGGUGACAUGCGGUUUAAGACAAAGAAAUAUGAGAUGCUAGAAAAGGGAGUUCAGGAAGGGAGAUGGUCUCCAAAGUUUGUUUCCCGGAUUAAAUUUUCUGGGGAUCUUGUUACUGUCUGUCCUGAUGUUUUCCAAGUAGAUCUUGGAGUAGAUACAGAAUUUAUACUAUUGGCAUCUGAUGGCUUGUGGGAUUACAUAAACAGCUCAGAAGCAGUCACUUUUGUUAGGAAUCAACUACGAAAACAUGGAGAUGUACAGAUGGCUUGUGAAGCACUCGGACAAGUUGCCCUGGAUCGGCGGUCACAAGACAAUAUAACCAUUGUUCUUGCUGAUUUUGGGAGAACCAACUGGGAAAGUGUGCCUAUUCAGCAGCAAAAUAUCUUUUUUGAACUGGGCCAAGCUUUUGCAACUUUAGGUAUUGUGUCAUUUGGAAUAUGGAUGACAUCCAUGCUAGGUUCAUGAGUUCUGAGGCCCUGUUAUACUGUAUAUAAAUAAUUAACACAAAUUUACUUUUUAUCUCCUGCAUACUCUGUACAUGUACAUUUCCUUAUGUUAUUGCUAUUAUACGUAAUGGCAUUCUUUAGCAUCUUAUUAGAAUACAUAUAAUUCCUAGCUAGUUCUGUAAAAGUAUCUUGUAAUGCUAAAUGUUAUAGAUAUUUGAUGUGUUUCUACUUAA